AUGGGCCUCAGCACCCUCCGGGAGCAGUGCUUCGACCUUCCUGCUGGUCACCUCACCAUCCAGCCAGGAACCAGGGAGGUGGCCGAGACUGACUCCAAGACUGUGCAGGAUCUCACCUCGGUGGUGCAGACACUCCUGCAACAGAUGCAAGGUAAGCGGCAGACCGAGUCCAACCAGAUCAUUGGAAGCACUGAGGACAUGAGCAGUUGCAUCGAUGACCCGGAGAAAAACAUCGCAGACCUUGUGAUACAAGCUAGGGUGGAAGAGCUGGGUGGUGAAGACAAGACCCCUGCCGCACAGAAGAGCUGA